AUGGUCAACAAGCUGCUAGUCCUUCAGGACCAGAUCAAGCGUGACCCCGCCAGCUACAAGGACGAGUUUCAGCUGCAAUUCCGACACUACAAGGCCUGCCAUGGCCUGUUCUCCCUGCGUCCCAACAAUGGCUCUGAGGACUUUGCCAGGCUGGUGCGCUUUGUGGCACAGGUGUCCGACAGGUACCCCAACCUCACACGAGGCUUUGGCGAGGAGAUCAUGGACCUGCUGGAAAAGAACAGCAUGACAGUGGACCAUGAGCUGAGGAGGUCCCUUGUGCAGUCGCUCAUACUGCUUAGGAAGAGGGGCCAGGUGGCCCCCAUGGCAGCUCUGCCCCUCUUCUUUCGUAUGUUCCAUUGCCGGGACAAGUCCCUGAGAGUGAUGCUCUUCAAGCAUAUCGUGGCGGACAUUAAGAAUGCAAACAAGAAGGCGAAGAAUGAAUCACUCAACAAGCGCUUGCGGGCUUUCUUGUAUUCUGUGCUGCAAGAGCCCAAUGAGGUGACGGCAAAAAAGUCACUGGCGGUGCUCACAGAGCUGUGGAGGCGGCAGAUCUGGAGAGACGCACACACAGUGGAUGUGAUUGCUACUGCAACAGAACACCCCAGCAGUACUGUUGUCUUGGCUGCUGCAAAAUUCUUUUUGGGCUAUGAUGUGAACGAUGCUGGAGGGGAGUCAGAUGACGAAGAGGAAAUUGACAAACUGGCACAACAGCAAACUGCUCAGGAGGUGUACAGGGCACACCACAAGGGAACGACAGCCACAAAGAAGCACAAGAUCGCCCGGCUCAAGAAGGCCAGGACCCAAGUGAAGAAGCACCUGCGCAAAGCUCGAGCGGCUGACCCUGAGAACUUUGCCGCCCUCCAGCUCCUCAACAACCCACAGCGAUUUGCUGAGAAGCUCUUCGCACGUGUGCGUGCAGGCCGUGAGCGCUUUGAGACUCGCCUCACCAUGAUUAUGGUCAUUUCCCGUGCCAUUGGCAUCCACAAGCUCAUCGUCCUCAACUUCUACCCUUUCCUACAGAACUACAUGAAACCCAGCCAACAGGAUGUCACUUCCAUCCUGGCAUCCCUUGUCCAUGCAUGCCAUGAUCUGGUGCCUCCAGACACUCUUGCUCCUGUCGUGCGCCAUCUGGCCAACAACUACAUCCAUGACAGGGCCCGCCCUGAGGUCAUCACCACAGGGCUGAAGACUGUGCGGGAGAUCUGUGUGCGGGCGCCCCUCGUCAUGACACAGGAGCUGCUGAGCGACCUUGAGAUGUACAGGAAGUUCAAAAACAAGCACGUGGCUGCAGCGGCUAAGGGAGUGAUCUGCCUGUUUCGGGAGAUCGCCCCCCUGAUGCUGCGGAGGAAAAACAGGGGGAGGGGGGCCAACACAGACGCUGUGCUGGAGAGCUACGGGACUGUGACACCCAAGGCAAGGAUUGAGGGGGCGGAGCUGCUGGAGGACGAGUUGGGGAAUGGUGUGCAAUCGGACAGCGAAGAGGAGGGGCAGGAACUGGAGGAGGAAAGCUCGGGGGUUGAAGAUGGUAGCCCUUGUGAAGUGGAGGGGAGCCAGGGUGAGGGAGGAAUGGAUGAUGAUGAGUCUGGAUCUGACUUGAACGCCAGUGAGGCAGAGCUUGAACUCGAUUCAGAUGAAGCGAAGAGUUGCAGCGAAGAUGAGGAUGACGAUGGUGAUUGUGAAGAUGCUUGUACAGGGUGUAGUGGAGAUGAGGUGGAGAGCUUGGAUGGAAAUAAUGAAAGUGGCUCGUCACCUGGUGAGUUGCUAUCAAGUCCUGAGGACGAUUCUUGCAAGGCUUCGAAGUUGAGUGGUCAGAAACGCCAGAGAGAGGCUGAGCCAGAUAGCCUGGCAAACUUGAGAAGGAAGCUUGCCGCUGCCACUGCUGCUCGGCAUGGUGAAGGAAACACCACGGGAAACAGGGCAAUGCAGCAUGGCCAACCUGGGGGACAUGGUGAAGAGGCGAGUGUUGUUGAUAAUGGCAAUUCAGCUGACGUUCAAAAGGGGAUGCCGAUCGAGAUGCAGAGGAUCCUAGAUGAUUCGGACUUUGAGCGAAUGCAGGAGCUACGGCACAGGCAGCUGGUGAAGGCCAUCAUGUCCAAGCAUGGACUUGUGCCAGUGCACCGCAAGAAGAAGCUGCUCGAGGCUGCUGAGGAGGUGGUUGACCAGGCGCUGGCGCUGGAGGCAAUGAGGAACAGCAUCACUGAGCAGAGGGUGGCGCCUGACGAGCUGGUGGGCAAAGUGAAGGGCAAGCUUGCCAAGGAAGAGCUGCUAAGGUCGGCUGCCAAGGGAAAGGAAGGGCGGGAGGGCUUUGAGGCAGCCAGCAAGCGGAAGAAGAAAAAGAGUGGCGGCACCAGCAACAGAGAGAAACAGAAGAGAAAGAACCUGCCAGCGGCGGCCAGACUGAACCAGGCCAGGAGGCGGCGACGCAAGAAUGACAUCAAGCGAAAGGGGAAGAACUUCAAGGGUCACGUGCGGAAAUGA